ACCACAGACCAGGAAUAAAAAAAACCCCAGUAAACAAACAAUUUUGUGAACACUGAACUGCUAAAACUUAACAAAAUCAAGGUUGUCUAUUGAAACAAGAUGGAAGUCAAUUCUGGUGCGCUGACUCCCUACAUUGACUUAGGUACCGACAAUUUAAUGGAGGGGCUUAACCAUGAAGUACCUGUUACUACUGAUCCAGAACAAGAGCAACUCCAACAAAUAGCAAUAACAAACGUGCACAGCUUGACAAUGGAAAUCCAACCUCUAGAGGUCAAGAACAGCGUGCCCCAAGAGAGGCUCAAAUGCCCCGAGUGUGUGCGGUUCACCGCCAUCGACGCGGAGAAGUUGGCGCAACAUAUUAGAAAGGUGCACAGAGGAGAGAACCCCUUCCCGUGCUUCAUGUGCGAUUACAGCACAUACAACAAGACCCUUUUCGAAGAGCACGUACGAAUCCACAAAGGCAUCAAACCGUUCAAAUGCUCCUUCUGUCCCCACCGGAACGUCUCCAAGAAAAACCUGAAGCGACAUGAAAAGAUCCACCGUCCUGACAACCCGUUGAAGUGUCCCCAUUGCGACUUCAUCGCUAGGAACCAGGUCGGUUACAACAGCCAUACCAAGAAGUACCACCUUACAUACUACCAAGGCCUAAGUUGUAACUGGUGUAAUAAAAAGUUUCCAGAUGAAAAUGCGCUAGUUUUACACACAACUCAUGUAAGAACUUGCAAAAUGUUGAACGACGAAAAUGACAGUGAUUCGGAGAUGUGUGGUUUCACAGUGUGCUCCUCGUAUCAGAUGAAGUUGCAUAAACAAACCAAACACGGUGUGGACCUAAAACUGAGGAAAGACUUUUGGAAAUGUGGUCUUUGUGAAUGGUCGUGUUAUCAGAAACCUAGGAUUCUCUUGCACUUGAUACAUCAUCCCAAUCAGACGGUGGAUGAGAAAGUCAUUGAUGUGUCUAUUUUGAGGAAGUAUGGGAUUAUGUGAAGUAUAUUAUAGUUAUGUAGGAAUUAUGGUGUGAUUCUAUUUAGAAUAAUGGGAUUAUGAUGUGAUUCUAUUUAGAAUCAUGGGAUUAUUGUGUGAUUCUAUUUUGAAGAAUAUUAUGGAAUGGUUCUCAUAAAGUACACUUACACACAACUCAUGUAAGAACUUGCAAAAUGUUAAACGAUGUAAAUGACAGUGAUUCGGGAUGUGCGGGUUUACAGUGUGCUCCUCAUAUCAAAUGAAGUUGCAUAAACAAACCAAACACGGUGUGGACACAAAGAUGAGGAAAGACUUUUGGAAAUGUGGUCUUUGUGAAUGGUCGUGUUAUCAGAAACCUAGGAUCCUCUUGCAUUUGAUACAUCAUCCCAAUCAGACGGUGGAUGAGAAAGUCAUUGAUGUGUCUAUUUUGAGGAAGUAUGGGAUUAUGUGAAGUAAAUUAUAGUUAUGUAGGAAUUAUGGUGUGAUUCUAUUUAGAAUCAUGGGAUUAUAGUGUGAUUCUAUUUAGAAUCAUGGAAUUAUUGUGUGAUUCUAUUUUGAAGAAUAUUAUGGAAUGGUUCUCAUAAAGUACAAUUACACACAACGCAUGUAAGAACUUGCAAAUUGUUGAACGACGAAAAUGACAGUGAUUCGGAGAUGUGUGGUUUCACAGUGUGCUCCUCGUAUCAAAUGAAGUUGCAUAAACAAACCAAACACGGUGUGGACCUAAAAAUGAGGAAAGACUUUUGGAAAUGUGGUCUUUGUGAAUGGUCGUGUUAUCAGAAACCUAGGAUCCUCUUGCAUUUGAUACAUCAUCCCAAUCAGACGGUGGAUGAGAAAGUCAUUGAUGUGUCUAUUUUGAGGAAGUAUGGGAUUAUGUGAAGUAUAUUAUAGUUAUGUAGGAAUUAUGGUGUGAUUCUAUUUAGAAUCAUGGGAUUAUAGUGUGAUUCUAUUUAGAAUCAUGGGAUUAUAGUGUGAUUCUAUUUUGAAGAAUAUUAUGGAAUGGUUCUCAUAAAGCACACUUACACACAACUCAUGUAAGAACUUGCAAAAUGUUGAACGAUGAAAAUGACAGUGAUUCAGAGAUGUGUGGUUUCACAGUGUGCUCCUCGUAUCAAAUGAAGUUGCAUAAACAAACCAAACACGGUGUGGACCCAAAGAUGAGGAAAGACUUUUGGAAAUGUGGUCUUUGUGAAUGGUCGUGUUAUCAGAAAUCUAGGAUCCUCUUGCAUUUGAUACAUCAUCCCAAUCAGACGGUGGAUGAGAAAGUCAUUGAUGUGUCUAUUUUGAGGAAGUAUGGGAUUAUGUGAAGUAUAUUAUAGUUAUGUAGGAAUUAUAGUGUGAUUCUAUUUAGAAUCAUGGGAUUAUGAUGUGAUUCUAUUUAGUAUCAUGGGAUUAUGGUGUGAUUCUAUUUAGAAUCAUGGGAUUAUAGUGUGAUUCUAUUUUGAAGAAUAUUAUGAAAUGGUUCUCAUAAAGCACACUUACACACAACUCAUGUAAGAACUUGCAAAAUGUUGAACGACGAAAAUGACAGUGAUUCAGAGAUGUGUGGUUUCACAGUGUGCUCCUCGUAUCAAAUGAAGUUGCAUAAACAAACCAAACACGGUGUGGACACAAAGAUGAGGAAAGACUUUUGGAAAUGUGGUCUUUGUGAAUGGUCGUGUUAUCAGAAACCUAGGAUCCUCUUGCAUUUGAUACAUCAUCCCAAUCAGACGGUGGAUGAGAAAGUCAUUGAUGUGUCUAUUUUGAGGAAGUAUGGGAUUAUGUGAAGUAUAUUAUAGUUAUGUAGGGAUUAUGGUGUGAUUCUAUUUAGAAUCAUGGGAUUAUGGUGAGAUUCU